AUGCCGCCCCCCAAAGACGUGGUGAAAAUCGCCAUUCAGAUGAUGGGAGCCAUCCCACAGCUCAUUGAGCUCAACCAGACCAAGCCCCUGGCUGCGGUUGUGAAGGAGGUUUGUGACGUGUGGAACCUGGGCAACGCCGAGCACUACGCCCUGCAGUACGUGGACGGGCAGCAGACGUACAUCACCGAGUCGAACCGCGCGGAGAUUAAGAAUGGGAGCAUUCUGCGGCUGACCACUUCUCCGGAUCAGGAGGCAGAGCGGCUGCACAGUGGGAUCCGGAGUCACAACCUGGACGUGAAGGCAGACUCCCUGAAGAAGCUGGCGAACCUCUCCCGAGACAUCACCUUUGCCCAGGAGUUCAUCAAUAGGAACGGCCUGAAACAGCUCUUCCUUAUUGUGGAAGAGGGGAACGAUACAGGGGAGAUUCUAGCUCACACCCUGAAGGCAUUCAUGGAGCUGAUGGAGCACGAUUUUGUCUCCUGGGAGACGCUGAGUCCGGCCUUCAUCAAAAAAAUAGUGAGGUACGUCAACACGGGUGGGAUGGACGCCUCCAUCCAGCAGCUCUCCCUGUCCAUCCUGGAGAACAUGGUCCCAAGCAGCCGCCACCUCUUUGAGCUGGUCAAACAUGAAGUGACCCUGGAUCGCCUCCUCACCCACCUGCAGGUGACCAACCAGCAGCUGCAGCUCAAAGCCAUGGCGCUGCUCAUCGCCCUGCUGCUGAAUGCCAGUGACGCCGAGAGGAGGGACAUGAUGGGCUAUCUGGGCGAGAGGAACAUCCGGCAGUUCAUUCACAAGAACAUUAUCCACGCCUCGGAGCCGAUGGGGGAUGAGAUGGCCCAUUACCUCUACGUGCUGCAGUCCAUCACCCUCAACCUGCUGGAGCGGAGGAUGCGGACCCCCAUGGACCCCUACUCGCAGGAGCAACGGGAGCUUCUCCAGUUCCUGCGUCACAGCGCCUUCGAGUCGGAGAGCGAGGCUUCUGCCGGCACCGUCAGCGCGGAGCGCCGGCGCUCGGUGUGUGUCACAGAGUUCCGCAAGCUGGGCUUCCAGAACCACAGUAACCCUGCCCAGGACCUGCACCGCGCGCCCCCGGGACUGCUGGCCCUGGACAACAUGGUCUACUUCUCCAGAUACUGCCCGAGCGCCUAUAGCAGAUUUGUCCUUGAGAACAGCAGCCGUGACGAUAAACACGAGUGUCCGUUUGCCCGGAGCAGCAUCCAGCUCACCCUGGCCCUCUGCGAGAUCCUGCACGUCGGGGAACCAUGCUCGGAGACGGCCCAGGCCUUCUACCUCAUGUUCUUCGGUCAGGACCACUUCUUCCAGGAGCUCUUCUGUAUCUGCAUCCAGCUGCAGAACAAGACCUGGAAGGAGAUGCGUGCCACGCAGGAGGACUUCGACAAGGUGCUGCAGGUGGUCCGGGAGCAGAUCACCCGGACCCUGUCCCUCAAACCCACCUCCCUGGAGCUGUUCAAGACCCGAGUGAACGCGCUUAACUACAGCGAGAUCCUGAGACUGCGGCAGACGGAGAGGAUGCACCAGGAGGAGACGCUGGCCGUGCCUGUGCUGGAACUGCGAGAGAGGCUCAAGCCCGAGCUCCUGGAGCUGAUCCGCCAGCAACGGCUCCUGCGGCUCUGCGAGGGGACCCUCUUCCGCAAGAUCAGCAGCCGCCGCAGACAGGAUAAGCUGUGGUACUGCCGCCUGUCCCCCAACCACAAGGUGCUGCACUACGGAGAUGUGGAGCAGGGGGUGCAGAGCCCCCCCAUCGAGAGCCUGCCGGAGAAGAUUCCCGUGGCUGACAUCAAGGAGCUGCUGGUUGGCAGGGAAUGCCCGCACAUGAAGGAGAAGGGCUCCGGGAAGCACAACAAGGAUGUCCUGGACCUGGCCUUCUCCAUUAGCUAUGACGUGGAGGAGUACUACCUGAACUUCAUCGCCCCCACUCGCUACGAGUUCUGCCUGUGGACGGACGGCCUGAACGUGCUGCUGGGCCGGGAGAUGACGAGCGAGCGAACCCAGAGCGAGCUCGACAUCCUGCUCUCCAUGGAGCUCAAGCUGCGCCUCCUGGACCUGGAGAACAUUUCCAUCCCCGACGCCCCUCCCCCCGUCCCCAAGCCCCCCAGCAACUUAAACUUCUGCUAUGACUUCAGCCCUAAUGAACAGUGA